AUGUCGACCAAAUCGAACUUCAAACGGGCGGUGCCCGUGAGGCAGCAGAAUGUACUCAGCUCGCUGCGCACCACGCAGCUGCUCGAGGACUCGAAGGCCGUCUUGCCGGCGGAGCUCAUCAACACUAUACUCGACUACCUGCCCGUCGCUGACAUGUUCCGGUUUGCGCAGACGUCGAGGCGUAUGCAGGAGAUGGUGUACGACGAUACGCGGUGGAUACAGAGACUAAAGAGUAUGGGCUGCUGGAACGAGGCCGAAGCACGGCAACGAUUCGACGAAGCCAUGCGCAGGAAGAUCGAAGCACAAAAGGCUGACGAGGCCAGUCGAACGGGCAUAACACCAAACGGCGCAACAAAUGGCCCACACGGAGGAGGCGGGCAACGCAAGGUUAGCACAACACUCUUUGAUGCCGGUGUGGAGGAGGAGAUGCAACGCAAAUCGGUCGAUACAAAGGUGCGCCCACGGGCGAGCACGCUGGACAAGGGCUUCGAUGACAUGACACUGUCGCCUGGCGGUGCCUCUCCGCCUGCCCGAUCAUACACGAUGGAUCCAAACCUAGCGUUGAAAGUGCUCUCGCGCGUGCGCUCAACAAGAGGCAUGGCGCGGCAGGAAUACGGCAAAAUAUACGGAGCUCUGGCGCCAUACUACUUUGAUCUUGCCAGGUCGAAAAGCCACUCCGACCCGGUACUGUUUCGGACGUAUCGUGACCCCGAACAGCAAGCUCACAUGCUGGCACAACUCAAGAUUUUCGCCAAAAGCGACUUCGCACAGGGUUGGAAUCGGCGGGAAGAGAAAUUGGAUACUAUGAUGGGCAUCUUCGAGAACGCUGUCCUGCGAGAGUUUGAGCAAGGAGCCGAGGCGCGAGAUUUCGAUGGCCGCAUGAAAAGAUAUGCCCAAGUUUUGGUCGCUUUGAACGGUGGCACGGCGGGCAUUGAUUCGUUCAUCCACAACCACCCCAUAAUGUUGGACAAGGAAAAGCUGGGCAAUCCCGCCGAUUGUCUACGAGUCGCUGGGCCCGGCCAACUCUCCCUUCAACCCUCGCACGACUUCUUCAGAGGCCUUGCUAUCGCUCUGAGUGAAGAAGCCGCAAUCAUCGAUCGGGUUUUUCCUGCGUCCGUAGACGUUUUUCAGCCGUUCAUAGAGCGCGUCGUAGAAGACGUGGUCUCUGAAUAUGUAACAUCUUUAUUCGACGAGGCCCAUGAUGUCAGCGUUGAGACUUAUUUGAAAGCUGUUGCCGGCGUGUUCGAUCAGGCACUACAAUUGGCAGUAUCCCUCACGGCCACAAAGGGUUCCAAGUCCGACUUCUCAGACGAAGCUAUACGUAUCAUAUCACGUUGUUUCGAACAACAUGUAGAUCUGUACCUGCAAGAAGAAUUAGAUUUCUUCAAGCGUCAAUCGCAAGCAGAGGUAGAAGCCUGGGAAAAGCGGUUGACGGAAGAGGAACUGAGUGCGGAGUCGUUGUUCAUGGCGAAUGUUAGCCGUCAAGCCGCGAAACGCGACUUUUUGACAUCGUUCAAGAAGGUAGUGAUGGCGCCUGUCAAUGUUCUUCCCACAUUCGGUGGCUCUGCGGCUGCCAAGCCAACAGUGAAUACCGGCUCCUUGAACGGUCAAAAUCUGGAUCCGACGUCGAGAUCGACGACACCUAAUCCGGAACGCUCUGCGUCUCCUCGAUCUGAAGCGCCGACUUCUGAGCUUGCGGCAAAGGCUGCUAUCAUGAAUUCGAGACUAGAGGGCAUUCGGAGUCUGUUCAGCAUCGAGGUUGCGUUAAACCUGACGCAUACAGCGAAAGCAAGCUUAGAAAGAGCUGCACGGUUCGUACGGCUUGGUGGGCAGUCAGGUGAAGAGGCGAAGGAACAGUGUGAGAGCAUAUUCAUUAAGAUGUUGCAGAUCCUGGGCGGACGGCACAUGAAGCCAGGCUUUGAUAAAGCUGUCAGCCAUCUGUCCGAUUAUAAGCCUAGAGAAGUUGCGGAUCACAGCAAAGAAGGGGUAGCGCCUCUCGUCGCUUUCCUGGAGCUUGUCAACGUUGGAGAUUUGAUCCAGCAAAUGAUCGAUGUCUUUUAUCUGCAAGAACUUGUCGCUGCGAAGCUCACAGAUGAGGACGACUUCUUGAGCGCUGCUAGUAAGGAGAAGAAGAGAUUUGAGCAAAUGCUUGACGAGCGGGUCGCCGCUGGGCUUAACAAAGGCAUCGAUGUCCUCAUGGAUGAAGUAGAGUAUCUGUGUGGUACCACCCAAUCACCGACUGAUUACAACCCUCCUAUUGGGCCCAAUGGAUCAGUACAGGUGCUCGACAUCGGUCCUAGCCAUACAGCCAAGAAGGUAGUUGACGUUGUGUCCUCGCAUACCAACAUGCUGGUUGGCAGCACGGACAAGACAGUGCUAGAUGUCUUCAACCAGGAGGUCGGAUUGCGCCUGUUCACUGCACUUUGCAAGCAUCUGAAGCGGCAGAGGAUCAGUGUGGACGGGGCAAUCAAGCUUAUUAGCGAUAUGAACGCAUACAACACCUACAUUGUCUCGCUCAGGAACAAAUUCAUCACGCAGUACUUCGCUGCACUCAAAGAGCUCUCGCAGAUCUAUUUGAUUGACCCCAAUCAUGCAAAGGAGAUUGCGACGAUCAUUGCAGACACGGAUCGAUACCAUGGGAUAUUCAGGGCCGAGGAAGUCUACGAGUAUGCGGAGCGCAGGGCUGACUGGUACCAAAUCAAGGGCGCAGUGGAGAAGCAGAUGUAUGGCGUUGGCUGCUUGGUUAUGUGA